CGCUGCUGACGACGUCACAGUCGCGUGGGCCCUUGUAGGUGCUUACGUCAUGGAGACGGAAACGGAAUCAAAAAGUAUAGACGACCCUCUCCCUUUCAGAACUGAUCUCCUUUGUGUGUGCACGCAGCGCCAGACGAUCAUAGAGCGUAGCGAGUUGGUCAUUGGGAUGGACUCGUAUUGAUCAGCCUCUGCGCACACGGGGGCUCUGACCACCAUUAUCCCCAACGCUGACUGACUGUUGUCAUCUGACGUGCUUCUCCCUGCUGCUCAUUACGAUGGAGUUUCAACGCUUGCUACCUCAUCUCGUUCCGAACGGGACGAUGCGACUGAUCAGGCCCUACCUGUCCACUGAGAGCAUCCUACCCGUCGGAUUGGGGAUGCUCUUGAUUCCUUUUCUGACUCGACUGUUAAAGCAUGUCAUAUCCUGGCUCCAAUUCAAGUUUGACGACUUCCUCUUUCCUACGGCUUACAUUUCAGCGGAAGAUGACGCCUUCAAAUGGAUCAUGGCUUGGCUAGCUCAAGAUCCCGAGGCUCAGCGGCAAAUGCACCAUUUUCAGCUCACCACUGCAGACAUCUCGAAUGGUAGGAACGCGAAGAACAAACUGGUCUCUGGUAUGACGACUACAGCUACAUGGACCACAUCAACUGUCAUCGGUCAGAUUCUACCAACGUAUGGCAAGACGAUCGCGAUUCAUCAUGAGGGGUCAUCGAUCUGGAUCAAUCGGCAUUCUGGCAAGUUUGCACGAAGUUCGCUGCACAACAAAGAUCACUUCAGGAUCAGAACUUAUGCGUUCCAGAACAAUGCACUUCGAGCGUUCUUAGUUGCAGCCCACGACGCCUUACACGCUAAGCAAGAGAAGGAGAUCCAUAUCUUCCAUCCAAAACGGAUUAACCCUAAUUGGCAGCUGCCGGUCUCCAGACCUCAUCGACCUUGGUCAUCAGUUCUCCUGCCCGGUAACAUCAAAGAGCACAUGCUCAAAGAUAUGAAAGCGUUCUUCUCUGACAAAGAGAUGAAAUGGUACGGAGCGAGGGGUAUACCACACAGGCGAGGGUAUCUUUUCCAUGGCUCCCCCGGCGCGGGCAAGACAACUCUCACGACCGCUUUGGCCAGCAAGCUGUCUCUCGAUAUCUACGCUAUCAAUCCUGGUCAGCGAGGCAUGGACGAUGCUAAGCUCAACAAGCUCUUGAGAGACUGCGCUCCCCGAUCUAUCAUUCUGAUCGAAGACAUUGAUUGUGUCUUUGGUCGAGAUGGAGUCAAGGACAGGCUCAUGGUCGAAGAUGAAGAGGGCAAUGUAGUCCCUCCACUCGACUCGAUCCGAGGAGAUCAACAAGGUCAAAGCUCAGCUCACCUCACUCCAAUGCUGGGAGGCUCACAUGAUCUUGCUCCGUCGACGGUCUCGCUUGCAGGCCUUCUCAACGCAAUCGACGGCGUGUCGAGUCAGGAGGGCUGCAUCCUCAUUGCAUCAACCAAUCACCUUGAGAGACUAGACCCCGCGCUCAGUCGGGCAGGUCGAUUCGACGUCAAAGUCUCGUUCGCCAACGCUAUGCCUACACAGGCGAGAGCUCUGUUCCAACACUUUUACCCCUUGGGGGAGUAUCCGACCGGGCAAGUCGUCAACGACAUUGACGAUAAGGUCGUGGACGACCUCAGCAUCAAGGUCGAGAAUCCCGCGUCACCUUAUUCGACUACUGAGAAGUCGAAAGUCUGCAUGACCUCUCAACCCCAACUAGACUCUCUCGCUGAUACUUUCGUACAUGGCGUCUUCCCAAUCGGCCGAUCUGACGCUGUUGGAGGAAACGAAGGGCUCGAGGUCUCCAUGGCGGCUUUACAAGCAUAUCUCCUCCAAUUCAAGGACGAUCCCAGCUCGGCGGCUGAACAUGCGGCUCAAUGGGCCAAAAGCGACGAAGUGGCUCACUGGCAAAGGCAGGCUUCCAGUGCCAUGCAAGGUUUCGGUUCUCUCCCUGGACCACGAGAGGCGCCUGUGACACCUUCAUCUGCUCUUCUGCCACGCUUUCAAGUGAAUGGGUUCAAGAAAUCGAAACUUGGGCACAGAGUGAAUGACUCUAAGCUGAAGAUCGAGGCUGUGAAAGCGGUCCUCCCCGCAGGAUCCGCAUCAGAGGACGGAUAAUGUCCGGUGUGUGAUCGUGUGCGACGACAGUAGACAUUUUGAAUGAGUGCAUGCUAUUUUAGAAUCCUGCAUUCUCCCUACAACGUCAACGUGCCCGACUGACUGGCCUCAGUGGCUGAACCUCCAUCCUGACUAGAGACGGACUAUCUUCAUCGUCAAAACAGACUUUCAGUGUCAAUUCAGUCUGUUUCUGCUCGCGACUGGCACCAGGGCCAGAAUUCUCAACAUCACCGGUUUUGAUUCCAACCACAAUCGUGGCACUCGACUUGCUCCUCCUCUCGGAUGUUCAUCUUGAGCACAUCAUCCCACUUGAGAAUAG